UGUCGGGCUCAUGAGAGGAUGUGGAAGGAGGUACUGUCUGUGACCUUUUAUCGGGCUGUCUUCACUGAGUUCCUAGCCACCUCCAUCUACGUCUUCUUCGGCCUGGGCUCAGUCCUCCCGUGGCCCUCAGCCCUCCCCACCAUCUUACAGAUCUCUAUUACCUUCAACUUGGCUGCAGCUACUGUGGUCCAGAUUGCCUGGCAUGUCAGUGGCGCUCAUGUCAACCCAGCUGUGACUAUGGCCUUCCUGCUUGGCUCUCGUAUCUCUUUGGCAAGAGCUGCUUGCUAUAUGGUUGCCCAGCUGGCUGGAGGCAUCGCUGGAGCAGCCACGCUGUAUGGAGUAACGCCUGCAGAGGUCCAAGGAAGCUUAGGCAUUAACACGGUGCGGAGCAACAUCACUUCUGGACAAGCAGUUGCUGUUGAGCUCAUUCUCACCUUUCAGCUGGUUCUUUGUUAUUUUGCUUCCACCGACAGACACAGAAAUGCCAACUCCCCAGCCACAUUCAUUGGCAUAUCCGUUGCCCUGGGACACCUGAUUGGGAUCUACUUCACUGGCUGCUCCAUGAAUCCUGCAAGAUCUUUUGGCCCUGCUGUCAUAGUCAACAAGUUUACUAUCCACUGGAUUUUCUGGGUGGGUCCCAUGACAGGCGCGAUUCUUGCUUCUCUGAUAUAUAAUGUACUUCUCUAUCCUGACCUGAAGAGUCUCUCACAGAGGCUGGCAAUUCUAAAAGGCACCUUUGAAAUGGAGGCAGAAGGUAUGGAAGAAGCAAAGCAGAACAGGCAGCCUGUGUCAUUGGUCAAUGUCAUACAAAGGGUUUAAUCACACAGCAUCCCACAGACAAGUGGGUAUUCUAGAGUUGGCCAGGUACUAUCCCAUGAGCUGACAGAGCAUGAUAUUUGAUGGUAUCUGGUGGGUGCAGGAUCAUGGUAGGAAAAGACCUAAGCAUAGACAACUCGUGCCUUCUCAUGCGGGGGGGGAGGGGGGAACACACCAUAAAGGGGAGGACACAUGAUGGCCCCAUGGUGUUUCCUUCAGGAGAAGCUUCCAGCCUCAUCUUCCUGGGCCAGGGCAGCCAAUCCUGCCAGCUCCUGGUGGGGGUUGGGGCCACAGCAGUGAGCAGCACAUGCCUCUGGGCCCGCCUGGGCCCAGCCCUGGUUGAGCAGAGGUCAGGGAACCUGCUCCCAGUGCCUUCCCUAGUGAUGCCCCACCCUGAGCCCAGUCUGAGGACUGCCACGCUUUCCCCACCUCACCAGUUACCUGCGGAGUGGGGGUGGAGACUCUGUCCUUCUCCUGCUCUGCCUCCCCUGCCCCCAGCACAUUCAUCCACUGUCCCUGGCAGCAGGGUAUAGGUAGGGAGUGGGACAGAGCUGCUUCUCACAUGGCUGAAGGUGGCUUUUCAGGGUCACUGCUCUGUGCAGUGCAGCGGCUGCCUAAGAGAGCCCGGCUGGAGAGGUAGCAGCGGCAGCUCCACUCCGCACUCUGUCAAGAUUUUCUAAAAAAUGUGGCAGGGUGAAUUUUGCUUAGGAAAACUGAAAGCUAAUCAGGGAAUGGUACUGAGUCAUUCUGUUUAUGACCUUAGGAUCAUUUGAACCACAUCUUCCCCUCCCCAGCUCUCCAAUGGAUCAACACGGUAUUUAUGAAGGCUGGGCUCUAAGCCCCAUUGAUUUAAUUGAGAAAUGCACUGCCAUCAUAAUAAAGAAUAAGACAGGUUCCUUUCCUGGGCUUGUGCUCUUGAAUUUACCCUGGGUAUUUCAUCUUCCUGAGAAACUUGAAAUCCAUCAUAAAUACACAGUAUGUUGAGCAGUGAACCCACUUCAUGUUACUCACUGCAUCAGGCUGUGGAUACACUUUACAAUGCACACUUCAGUCAUGCACUGAACAUCUUUAAUGAAGACACUAAGAUGCCAUAAUGAGCUAACUACCUAUAGCCAUUAGCAAUAAUUGAUCACUAAUAAUUGAUAAAUUUCUUAAUUUACUAAAUUAAUAAACUAUGUCUGUACUGCAUGACUACACAACAUUGACUGAACACCCCCAUCCCACCAAAUCCUGCUCCAACAUGCAUGGGGCUCAGUUUAACCCCUGAGGUGGAUUUUCAAGUUAGUGGCUUUUUUGUAUGAUCUAAGUCCCCGUGAUAUUACAGCCAAUACGAGAGUUUUGAAAGCUUAUCCAGGCAUUUCACUUGUUCAUAGGAGCCAUACUAAACCAAGGAAUUUCCUAGGCCUUCUCCUCCAAGGCCUUUCUUCCAAUAGCCAUGAAACAGGGAGCAAAUGUCUGUCAAGAGCCCUUGAUGGUUUCCCUUCUACCAGGCUGGUCAAACCAGCAAAGUCCAACAGCCACUGAAUGACAUUCCACUUGCUGGCAGUUUACAUUUCCUUUGUUUUUCUUAG